ACGAUUUUGCAGAGGAGGAGGAGGUGCAGUCCUUCGGCUACAAGAGGUUUGUUGUUCUUCUGGGAAGACUUGUGGUGAGUUAAAAGAAAACACUCAGUGAAGCUGUGAAUGGGAGACAUUUCCAGGGUGGGUGUGUCUUGUGGUAUUCAGGAGGGGACGCAAUGCACCAAAUGUAAAAAUAACUGGGCACUGAAGUUUUCCAUCAUAUUAUUAUAUAUUUUAUGUGCCCUGUUAACAAUCACAGUAGCCAUUCUGGGAUACAAAGUUGUAGAAAAAAUGGACAAUGUGACAGGUGGCCUGGAAACGUCCCACAGAAGAUAUACAGAAAAGCUCACAGAGGUGGAGAGUGGUCUGAAGAAAUUAGAUGACCAAACUGGACAAAAAGCCAUGAAUACUAACACUGAACUGUCUAGCUUCAGAUCUGACAUUCUGGCUCUUCGCCAGCAGCUUCAUGACAUUGCAGAGAAAACUACCAGAAACAAAGAUACACUGGAGAAGCUGCAAGAGUCUGGAAAUGUAUUAGAUGAUAGACAGAGCCAAAUGAGAAGUGCCUUAGAUAGUAACUCUUUCAUGAUCAUCAGUGUCAAUAAGACUCUUCAGGCAUAUACUGGCUAUAUCAACAAUCUUCAACAAGACACAAGUAAUAUCCAAACAAACUUGCAAAACCAAGUGCAUUCUCAUAAUGUGGUCAUUAUGAAUCUGAACAACUUAAACCUGACACAAAUACAGCAAAGAAAUCUUAUCAGUGUCCUGCAGAAGUCAAUGGAAGAUACAAGCUUGGCUAUACUAAGAAUCAAGAAUGACUUUCAAAAUCUGCAGCAGGUUGUCCUUCAAGCCCGGAAGGACACCGACUGGCUUAAGGAAAAAGUACAAAAUUUACAGACUUUGGCCGCCAACAACUCAGCAAUGGCAAAAGCUAACAAUGAUACACUUGAAGACAUGAACAAUCAGCUCAGCUCCUUCAGUGGGCAAAUGGAGAACAUCACCACAAUUGCGCAAGCCAACGAACAAAAUCUAAAGGAUCUCCAGGAGCAGCAUAAAGAAUAUGAAAACAGAACUGCUGCCAAAUUCAACCGGCUAGAAGAGAGGUUCCAGGUCUUUGAAACUGAUAUAGUCAACAUCAUUAGCAACAUCAGCUACACUGCUCAUCAUCUACGGACACUAACUAGCAAUCUCAAUGAGGUUAGGACCACUUGUACAGACACCUUAAGUAAACAUUCAGAUGAGCUGAUUUUUAUGAACAGCACACUAGCCAAUAUUCGCUUAGAUUCUGCAUCUCUCAAGAUGCAACAGGAUUUGAUGAGGUCAAGGUUAGAUGUUGAAGUUGCCAAUUUAUCGGUAAUCAUGGAAGAAAUGAAGCUGGUAGAUUCCAAACAUGGCCAGCUCAUCAAGAACUUCACUAUCCUACAAGGCCCUCCUGGUCCCAGGGGACCUAAAGGUGACAGGGGCCCUCAAGGUCCUCUUGGCCCUGCUGGCCUAAAAGGACAAAAAGGAGAGAAAGGAGAGCCUGGACCACCAGGACCUGCAGGUGAGAAGGGCCCACCUGGGCCAACUGGGCCACCAGGAGAGAAAGGAGGAAAAGGUUCAAGAGGAUCGCCUGGCUCCAAAGGUCAGAGAGGUUCUCCUGGCAAGACGGGUCUGCCGGGACCAAGCGGGGACCCGGGACCACCAGGUCCACAAGGCAAAGACGGUCCACCCGGGCCACAAGGCCCCCCAGGAUUCCAAGGCCUGCAAGGAACUGUGGGAGAGCCAGGAGUACCAGGACCUCGAGGACUCCCUGGGCUACCUGGAGUCCCUGGGCUGCCUGGUCCCAAGGGCCCACCUGGCCCACCGGGGCCGCCAGGUCCAGGGAUGCCAAUGGCGCUACAAAGUGAACCUACGUCGGUGCCCGAGGCUAACGGUUGUUCUCCUCAUUGGAAGAACUACACAGAAAAGUGCUACUACUUUUCAAUUGAAAGAGAAAUUUUUGAAGACGCGAAGUUAUUCUGUGAAGAGAAGGCAUCACGCUUGGUUAUCAUAAACAACAAAGAGGAGCAGCAAUGGAUAAAAAGGCAGAUUUUGGGGAAAGGCAGUUUCUGGAUUGGACUGACAGAUUCAGAGAAGGAAAAUGAAUGGAGAUGGCUGGAUGGAUCUAUACCAGUUUACACAAACUGGAAAACAGGGCAACCUGAUAACUGGAGCCAUGGGCAUGGGCCAGGGGAAGAUUGCGCUGGGUUAAUCUAUGCUGGGCUCUGGAACGACUUCUACUGUGAAGAUGUUAACAAUUUCAUUUGUGAAAAAGAGAUGGACAAAGGGCAAAUAUUUGGAGUUUAAUAGGCUGUGACUUUACAGAUACCUACAUAUUAUGGAAAUCUACCUAAAGAAGAAGAAAAUCCUGGGGGAGCACAACAUCGUCUACCAAAAUUGGAAAAAAAAAAGCAAAAGCAAGCACUGAAAACUGUUUAAAAGAAUAGAGGAAUUCAGCAGCAACUCUUCUCCUGCAUCCUGCAAUUAUUCGAGGCCUUUCAACCCACAGCAUCAGGAAAUACCGUUGGACUAUUUCUGUUAUAGAUUUUCUUCCCAACCAGUAACCAUAUACAUAAGCAAUUUGUGUCUUCUGAGAAAAGACAUUCUGUCAAUCU